UUUGGGAAGGACAGCGCCUGGCCAGGAGUAGGAACCUGGGCUGCGAGCGCAGGUCACCAUAGCUGGGUCUUUGGAAGAGAGGUACACCCAAACCAGGUGGACCCUCUACGGGAGGUGGCACGGUCCGUGGGAAGUGCCGGCUGGACCAUGGCGCCUCCGCGGAACGUGGUGAAGAUUGCUGUACAGAUGCCUGACGCCAUCCCUCAGCUCAUCCAGCUAGACCAGGCAAAACCCCUGGCCACUGUGCUGAAGGAGGUGUGCGACGCGUGGAGCCUGACUCAUUCGGAGCGCUAUGCCCUGCAGUUUGCUGAUGGGCAUAGGAGAUACAUCACCGAGAAUAAUCGCACGGAAAUCAAGAAUGGCAGCAUCCUAUGCCUCUGCACUGCCGCAGUAAUACCCCUUCUGACCCUGCCCGCUCCUGCCCUCUCCUCUACUGGGUCCCUGUUCUGCCUGGUGGCCUCUGCCACAGGUCUGGGGUGGGGUGGGGGACAGUACCAACCUUGUAGUGCCCCACCUAGUGGUCACCCAGGUCCUCACACUUCCAGUGCCAUGGUAACCCUUGAUCAACUUUUCAUCUUCUCUGCUCCCCCGCCCCCCAACCAGGACUUGGAAGCUGAGCAGCUGUUGGGUGGGCUGCAGAGUUCAAGCCGUGAAGCCCGCCGUGAAGCCCUGAAACAACUCGUCCUGCUGGCCUCUGACAUGACCUUUGCCCAGGAGAUCAUCAGCCGUGAUGGGCUUCAGAGACUAGGCACCAUCAUUGAGGAUGGGGACGACCUAGGGGAAGUGCUGGCCCUCGGUCUGAGGGCCUUUUUGGAGCUCAUGGAACAUGGUGUGGUGUCCUGGGAGACGCUCAGCAUCCCCUUUGUCAGAAAGGUGGUGUCUUAUGUGAACAUGAACCUGAUGGACGCCUCUGUACAACCCUUGGCUCUUGGGCUGUUGGAGAGUGUAACCUUGAGCAGUCCUGCCCUAGGCCAGCUGGUCAAGAGUGAGGUGCCACUGGAUAGGCUGCUGGUGCACUUGCAGGUGAUGAACCAGCAGCUGCAAACCAAGGCCAUGGCCCUGCUGACAGCCUUGCUGCAGGGGGCCAGCCCUGCUGAACGUAAGCACAUGCUUGACUACCUAUGGCAGAGAAAUCUUCGCCAGUUCAUCUACAAGAACAUUAUCCACAGCGCUACACCACUGGGCGACGAGAUGGCUCAUCACUUAUAUGUACUACAGGCCCUUAUGCUGGGGCUGCUGGAGCCACGUAUGCGGACACCACUUGACCCCUAUAGCCAGGAGCAGCGGGAGCAGCUGCAGGCCUUGCGCCAGGUUGCCUUUGAGUCAGAGGGGGAGUCCCCAGGCACAGGGCUGAGUGCUGACCGUCGCCGUUCUCUCUGUGCCCGAGAGUUCCGCAAGCUGGGCUUCUCCAACAGCAACCCAGCGCAGGACCUAGAGCGUGUGCCCCCUGGUCUGCUGGCCCUGGACAACAUGCUCUACUUUUCCAGACAUGCCCCCAGUGCAUAUAGCCGGUUUGUGUUGGAGAACAGCAGCCGAGAGGACAAACAUGAAUGUCCCUUUGCGCGAAGUAGCAUCCAGCUGACAGUGCUGCUGUGUGAGCUGCUGCGUGUUGGGGAACCUUGCUCCGAGACAGCCCAGGACUUCUCACCCAUGUUCUUCGGCCAAGACCAGAGCUUCCAUGAGCUCUUCUGUGUGGCUAUCCAGCUGCUGAACAAGACCUGGAAGGAGAUGCGGGCCACACAGGAGGAUUUUGACAAGGUCAUGCAAGUGGUCCGGGAGCAACUGGCCCGCACACUGGCCCUGAAGCCCACAUCCCUGGAGCUCUUCCGAACCAAAGUGAAUGCCCUCACCUAUGGGGAAGUCAUGCGGCUACGGCAGACAGAACGGCUGCACCAAGAAGGCACACUGGCCCCUCCCAUACUGGAGCUGAGGGAGAAGCUAAAGCCGGAGCUCAUGGGCCUGAUCCGCCAGCAGCGCUUGCUCCGCCUCUGUGAGGGGAUGCUCUUCCGAAAGAUCAGCAGCCGGAGGCGCCAGGACAAGUUGUGGUUCUGCUGCCUGUCCCCCAACCACAAAGUGCUGCAGUAUGGAGAUGUGGAGGAAGGUGCUAGCUUGCCCACCCCCGAAAGCCUGCCUGAGCAGAUCCCUGUGGCAGACAUCAGGGCACUCCUGAUGGGCAAGGACUGCCCUCACGUCCGGGAGAAAGGUUCCGGGAAGCAGAACAAAGAUCUCUAUGAAUUGGCUUUCUCCAUCAGCUACGACCAUGGGGAGGAGGAGGCAUACCUCAACUUCAUUGCCCCCUCCAAACGGGAUUUUCACCUGUGGACAGAUGGGCUGAAUGCCCUGCUGGGCAGUCCCAUGAGCAGCGAGCAGACCCGGCUGGAUCUGGAGCAGCUGCUGACUAUGGAGACCAAGCUGCGCUUGCUGGAGCUGGAGAAUGUGCCUAUCCCUGAGCGGCCACCUCCUGUACCCCCACCCCCCACCAACUUCAACUUCUGUUAUGACUGCAGCAUCACUGAACCUUAACUUAAGUUGGCUAGAAGCCAGUUCUUGCCACCACAACAGCCACCAAGGAGGGUAGAGAAGCACAGGCACCCUGACCAGUAGAGGCUACAGUAGAAAUAAAAGCCAGCUUGACUCUUGGGGGAAUAUGUUACAUCAGGUCUGAACCUAUGGGCUAAGCAUUUAACAGAUGGGGACAAUCACCCUCUUUUGUCUUCAAACACAGUGAAUGAGAUAGGGCAUGGGGCAGAACCACAAACUUGGGGGCAACUAUUUUUUUGAGCCUGGUGUUCUGAGGAGGUGGGGACAGGUAAGGACUGUUCCCCUUCUCCAGCUGAGUCUUCAGUGCUUGACCUAAAGAGAGAGAUGGUCUGUCAUCUGUGGUACCAGCCAAGGAAGAGGUUGGAGUGCCAGCCAGCUGACAGAGAAAUAGCAAGGCAGAAGGCAAUUCCCCAAGUGGAUGCCUACGUGAGCACCAUUAAUAGUGGUCUAGUCUGGAAGCCAUGCUUCCAGAAGGCUCCUGACAGUCUGAUCCUAGUCCUCAAUCCUGCUUGGCUCUGCCCUUUGUCCUUUGGGACCUGGAGACCUCUGGUGAAAAGCAUCAAGGGAGAGAGAUGAAACCUGUUUUUUUGCUGAAGAGAAAGAUCCCAACUCCAAAGGUGCAGAUCUGAACAAAAGGGAAUCCAUGCAGGAAACCCUACAUUCUAAUUUAAGCUUAAUUCAGGGGCUGGAGAGAUGGAUUGGUGGUUAAGUGUUUGCCUGCAAAGCCAAAGGACCCAGGUUCAAUUCCCUAGGACCCACGUAAGUCAGAUGCUCAAGGUGGUACAUGUGUCUGGAGU